UUCGUAUGUACAACGUAUAUAUUACGCUACAUAUAUAUAAUUUACGCUAGGUGAAACCAAUUUUAUUUCACCAGGGAUUUUGAUACACCAUUUGAUAUUUACCAAACAUAAUUUUUAAAGUAAUUAUUUGAGAGUACGGAGUUUCGGAUGCUAAAACAGGAUGUGGCCAGCAACUUUCUGCCUCUUCCAGAGAUGCCGGACAAUUUCUCCUGGGUGGUGCACAACAGAGUUGCGGCUAUGGGUUACCCGGACGACGAGACUAACAUUCUCUACCUCAUUAAAAACGGCAUAACACAUAUCAUAUCUCUGACGGAGUUUACGCCCCGAUGCUUACGCCGUUUUCCAGAGAUUGAAGUACUGUCAGUAAAGGUGGAUGAUUUAACGGCACCGUCACUGGACCAGAUAAAACAGUGUCUUCAUUUCAUAGACAGAUGCAUUAGCAAUGAAAAGGCGGUUGUUGUCCACUGUUUACAUGGCCGAGGGCGUACCGGAACUAUACUAGCAUGCCACCUAGUGAAGAGGUACAACAUGGAUCCAGAUGACGCUAUAGAAACAAUCAGGAAUAUGAGACCGUGGUCUGUGGAAACCAGGAGACAAGAGAAUAUGGUGCGAACAUUUGCAGAAUCCAUCACCAGAACUGAUCUAUGACACUGAUUUCACUGGUCUGGUUAGAGUUUUCUGUUGCACUUACAAAAGUGAACACGUUCAUGACUAUAAUAUAUUGCAGUUAUUUGUUGACUGAUCAAAGACUCGUUUACAAAAUUAUUUCCAAUGUUCAUUGUUCUUUUGUGGCAAUAAAGUAUUAUUUUGUA